CGGGAAGCACAGAGAACAAGAGAGGAUGAGAAAGCUACAAGAUAGAGGGAAGGAGGGUGGCAAUCACGAGCGGAGGUGACGAUGGAGGUUUUUGUUGUUGUCGUCGCCGGAGCUCACCGCUGGUGCACCCGAAGCUACUUCAGCCCCUACCUUACUCCACCGUGGUUGACCCCUAGCCUCCCUAUUUUCGUUGGAGUUACUGAUGCUACUGUCGGAGAAGAGGACCUGAUACCACCAUUGUCUUACUUUACCAGUGCCACUCUUACUGUUGCUGGAAAACACGCUGGAGCUUCCAAACGUGCCGGCAAUACUGUCUUGCCACUGUUCUGGUCUAACUUCUUCCCUUGGUCUGUUCCAUUUUCACCUUAUCUCUGUCACCAUUUUAUUUUUCUGCCUUGCUCUUGUUCUGAUUUAUUUUCCACCUCUAUUCUGUUUUGGAUUGUCAUAACUAUAUUUGCAUUUGUCUUUUUAUUCGAUUCGAGACUACUGCAUUUUCCUGGUGCUGUUGCCAUUGUUGCUACCGUAAGAAUUGAAGUUACUACCAUUGCACCAAUCCAAGUUCUGCGCUCUUUCGUACCCUUUACUUUGGCACUCCGGGUUUGGUCUCUUCUGUUCCUUGGGACUAAGUUGAAUAAGUAUUUGAGUAUGUGAGUCAUUCUUUUCA